CUACAAAGCCUCAGGGACUUGACACGUUCCUAUGACCCAGAAUGAAGUAGUUACACCCAGGGUGCGAACACCAGAUCAGAAUGAAAUAUUGAACCCGAUGGUGCGAACGACAGAUAACUUUACCAUAGGGUCCGAUCAAAUCACUGAUCUGGGGGUCAAACCAUUGGGUUUUAUAUUUCAUUAUCUAUUGGGUCAUGCCCAUAGAAUAUGUCAAGACUUUUUUAAACACUGGAUUUGUAUGUAAAUACACAAAUUCAUAAUGUUAAACCCAUACUAGAAUUAUAUUACUCCAAGUAAUUACAAUACAUUUAGGUAUAUUGACAGACGAGAAUAGUGUGAAGCGGCCUCUAGUGAGAGCAAACCUUACAAAGUUUGCUAUACCAAUUAAACUUAAGUGAAAUUCCCUCUAUUGUGAAGCUAAAACCUGCCACACUACACAACAAACACCCUUGUUCUGAUUCCAAUGAAGCUUCUCGACUAUCUUCCAUAGUUGUGCUUGGAGUGGUCAACAGUACCAAAUAUAACAGGAAAGCAAGUAUAUGGAAGUUUGCCUCAACCUAGGAUAGAACCCAUGAACCUCAGCUUUCUGGUGUGUCACUUUACUAAUCAAGCUGAAGGGAAAUUUCCCCUAGCGCAAUAGUUACUAGAAGGUGACUGUAUCGUAUCUCUCUGAACACUAUUUACAGUUAGAACCUGCCACAUUUGCGUAUGCAAUAGAAAAGAAGUAAUGAUAAAUACCUUGUCUGCACUUGGCCUUGAGCAAAAGACCUCUUGCUCUCUGUUCUGGCAUCAUACGAUUACCACAAGGAUAUUAAAAGGGAUUCUCACUAGCUUGGGUUGAACUGUUUAGUGCACCAACCACUAAGAAAGAAGCGACUGAAAAAUUAAAGAUGCCAGCAUUUCUGUCAAAAGAGGCUCGUGGUGCAGAUUAUGUGGUGCUGUGGUUGGAUUGUGACAAGGAGGGUGAGAAUAUCUGCUUUGAGGUGUUGGACUGUAUCGAGAACUCGAUGAACAGAGGAACAGGACAGACAGUGUACAGGUCAAAGUUCAGUGCCAUCACAGACAGAGAUAUCAAAGAGGCCAUGAACAAGCUAAUACAACCCAACAAAAAUGAGGCAUUGUCGGUGGAUGCCCGCCAAGAAAUGGACCUCAGAAUUGGUUGUGCCUUCACCAGGUUCCAAACAAAGUUUUUCCAGGGGAAGUACGGUGACCUGGACAGUACCCUGAUAUCGUAUGGCCCCUGUCAGACUCCCACCCUAGGGUUCUGUGUGGACAGACAUGACAAGAUUCAGUCCUUCAAACCAGAGCCCUAUUGGGUUAUACAUGUAUCGGUGGCUCACCCUGGUGGUAGAGUUAUCAACCUUGACUGGGACAGAGUGAGAAUAUUCGACAAAGAAGUAGCACAGAUGUUUGUCAACAUGAUCAAAGGUGUUGACUCAGCAAGGGUUCUGAAGGUUGUUCAGGAAGAGAAGUUUAAGAGUCGUCCAAUAGCCCUAAACACGGUUGAGAUGUUGCGUACUGCCAGUUCAGGACUAGGUAUGGGCCCACAGCAUACCAUGCAGAUUGCAGAGAGAUUGUACACACAAGGCUAUAUAAGCUACCCUAGAACUGAGACAACACAUUACCCGGAGAACUUUGACCUCAAAGGAACUCUGAAACAGCAACAGUCUAAUUCAUUAUGGGGAAGUAUUGUGUCUGACCUUCUCAACACAGGCAUACAGAAACCAAAAAAAGGAUCAGAUGCAGGUGACCAUCCACCCAUCACACCAAUGAGACCUGCUACGGAGACUGAGUUAGGCCAUGACGCAUGGCGGUUGUAUGACUUCAUCACCAGACAUUUCAUAGCCACUCUGAGCCGUGACAUGAAGUACCUACAGACUACAGUGUUUAUGGAGAUCGGAGCGGAGAAGUUUACCUGUAGUGGUAAAGUAGUGCUAGAUCCUGGCUUCACUACCGUGCUGACAUGGAAAUCUGCUGACGAGGAAUCACUUCCCGAGUUCAAAAAAGAUCAGAAUCUCACUGUUAAUGAUGUAAAAUUGGUAGAUCGCCAGACAUCUCCCCCGGAUUAUCUGACAGAGAGCGAGUUGAUCACGUUGAUGGAGAAGCAUGGUAUUGGGACAGAUGCCAGCAUCCCUGUCCACAUCAACAACAUCUGUGAAAGAAACUAUGUGAGCAUCAUUGGAGGACGAAAGCUCAAGCCCACUGCACUCGGGAUCGUACUGGUUCAUGGAUACCAGAAGAUUGAUGCUGAGCUCGUUCUCCCUACAAUGCGGUCGGCACUGGAAAAGCAGCUGAACCUGAUAGCGCAGGGGAAGGCGAACUAUGAAGAGGUUCUCCACCAUGGAAUUAGUAUCUUCUGUCUCAAAUUCAAGUACUUUGUGGAGAGCAUUCCGGGCAUGGACGAACUGUUCGAAGUAACCUUUUCACCUCUGGCUGCAAGUGGAAAACCACUCUCAAGAUGUGGCAAAUGCCGCAGGUUUAUGAAGUUUGUACAGGCCAAGCCAUCUCGUCUUCACUGUUCUAACUGUGAUGAGACUUUCAGCCUCCCUCAAAAUGGCAAUAUUAAGCUAUACAAGGAGAUAAAAUGUCCGCUAGAUGACUUUGAACUGGUUCUGUGGACAACAGGCGUCAAAGGAAAGAGCUUUCCACUGUGUCCCUACUGCUUCAACAAUCCCCCAUUCAAAGACAUGAGGAAGAACAAUGGCUGUAACGAGUGUACCCAUCCUAGCUGUCAACACAGUCUGUCCCAGAACGGUGUGUCCGAGUGCGUGGAGUGUGAGAACGGUGUCCUCGUACUUGACCCAACCUCCAGUCCGAAGUGGAGGAUGGCCUGUAACAAAUGUAAUGUGGUGCUACAUUUCUUUGAGAAUGCCCAUCGUGUAUCAGUGUCCGAGGAAACUUGUGACGACUGCGGCUCACACAUAGUCAACGUAGACUUCAGCAAGGGUAAAACACCGCUAGCUGAUGGUAAUACUGAGCAUUCUGGCUGUGUGUUCUGUGACAAUGUGUUCAAACCUAUGGUGGAGAAACAUCAUGCUGUUAUGAAGCGUCGAGGGGGGAGGGGCAGGGGUCGAGGAGGGCGGGGCAGAGGAAGAGGAAGGGGCAGGGGAAAACCGAAAGACAAGAUGGCAGCGCUGGCUGCAUACUUUGUGUGAAACACUGACAGCAAUACUUAGCAAUCAGAAGUGAACUAAUAUUUUGCUACACUAGAUUUUAAUCAACUUAAUAUCUUCCCAGAGAAGUAAACCAUAAUGUAUAUCGUUUUUAUACUUAAUAUCAUCUUCUGUAGCUUUUAUCCAUAUUGAUAAUUAAAUAUAACUUCAGGUUAGAAACUGUGUUAAAACUCUAUUUAUUUCUUUUUUUAUACCAAGAAUUAUAACACAUGAAGAAAUUCUGAAUUUCUAUGUAAACAUGAUACAUAUUUUACUAAGUUAGAAAACCACAGAAUAUGGUUAUGGUUUCUAUGUAUAAUAUUGUAUUCAGUGUUGAAGAUUUUAAAAGUACCUUUCAUACAGACGUCACCAGGUGGCAUGGCUCAAAUUUCAAUAGGAAGCUCUGUGCCCUAACCAGCUUAAUGUAAAAUCAAUUUACUGGAACACACAGUACCGAUAUUUACAAAGUAAAAAUUGUGUUGUUUUGUAUCUCAGGAAGACUGAAAACUUUGUGUUUCAUGUAAAAGCUAAAAAAAACUUUUUUUCCUCAUUUCAAAAUAGAUGUUGAGAUCAAUACGACCUCUCCCUCCCACGGAUAAUCAAGGUCAGGAGAAGAAUGUGAAAUUUUGGAGUUUACUUAAAAUUUACAUUUUCUUGUAUGAUCUGUUUUUUGUUAAUCAUCUGUGUCAUGUUAUAUACUUGUUAAUUUCUCUACCAAAGAGUAUGUCAUGUUGUACAAUCACUCUACCAUGGAGGAUGUCCUGUUGUACGCUCACUCUACCAUGGAGGAUGUCCUGUUGUGUACUCACUCUACCAUGGAGGAUGUCCUGUUGUGUACUCACUCUACCAUGGAGGAUGUCCUGUUUUGUACUCACUCUACCAUGGAGGAUGUCCUGUUGUGUACUCACUCUACCAUGGAGGAUGUCCUGUUUUGUACUCACUCUACCGUUGAGGAUGUCCUGUUUUGUACUCACUGUACCAUGGAGGGUGUCCUGUUCUGUAACUCACUCUACCAUGGAGGAUGUCCUGUACUCACUCUACCAUGGUGGACGUUUUAUUGUGCACUCACUCUACCAUGGAGUAUGUCAUGUUGUACACUCACUCUACCAUGGAGCAUGUCCUGUUUUGUACUCACUCUACCAUGGAGGAUGUCCUGUUGUGUACUCACUCUACCAUGGAGGAUGUCCUGUUGAACACUCACUCUACCAUGGAGGAUGCCCUGUUGUACACUCACUCUACCAUGGAGGAUGUCCUGUUUUGUACUCGCUCUACCAUGGAGGAUGUCCUGUUGUGUACUCGCUCUACCAUGGAGGAUGUCCUGUUUUGUACUCACUCUACCAUGGAGGAUGUCCUGUUGUGUACUUACUCUACCAUGGAGGAUGUCCUGUUGUACGCUCACUCUACCAUGGAGGAUGUCCUGUUUUGUACUCACUCUACCAUGGAGUAUGUCCUGUUUUGUACUCGCUCUACCAUGGAGGAUGUCCUGUUUUGUACUCACUCUACCAUGGAGGAUGUCCUGUUUUGUACUCACUCUACCGUUGAGGAUGUCCUGUUUUGUACUCACUCUACCAUGGAGGGUGUCCUGUUCUGUAACUCACUCUACCAUGGAGGAUGUCCUGUACUCACUCUACCAUGGAGGAUAUCCUGUUGUGUACUCACUCUACCAUGGAGGAUGUCUUAUUGUGUACUCACUCUACCAUGGAGGAUGUCCUGUUGUGUACUCACUCUACCAUGGAGGAUGUUUUAUUGUGUACUCACUCUACCAUGGAGGAUGUCCUGUUGUACACUCACUCUACCAUGGAGGAUGUCCUGUUGUACACUCACUCUACUAUGGAGGAUGUCCUGUUGUACACUCACUCUACCAUGGAGGGUGUCCUGUUGUACACUCACUCUACUAUGGAGGAUGUCCUGUUGUACACUCACUCUACCAUGGAGGAUGUCCUGUUGUACACUCACUCUACUAUGGAGGAUGUCCUGUUGUGCACUCACUCUACCAUGGAGGAUGUCCUGUUGUGUACUUACUCUACCAUGGAGAAUGUCAUGUUGUACACUCACUCUACCAUGGAGGAUGUCCUGUUUUGUACUCGCUCUACCAUGGAGGAUGUCCUUUUGUGUACCCACUCUACCACAAAGGGUGCAUGUUCAUUUUCUCUACCAUUAAACAUUUUUUAAUGUUUACUCUACCAUGAAGGAUUUUUUGUGUGUAUUAACUCUAUCAUGAAAGAUGUCCUGUUGUGUAUUGGCUCUACCAUGGAGGCUAUCCUGUUUUGCAUGUUCUUUACUAUGAAAGAUAACUAGUUUACUUCUUCACUCUAGAUUUACCAUGAAAGAUUAAUUUUGUGUUCAUUCUAUCAUGAAUUAUUUCUUGUGUAUUCACUCUACCAUGAAAUAGUUCGUGUUCACUCUUCAAUGAAAUAUUUCUUGUAUUCACUCUCCCAUGAAAUAUAUCUUGUGUAUUCACUUUUCCAUGAAAGAUUUCUUGUGUAUUCACUCUACCAUGAAAGAUUUCUUGUGUAUAUUCACUUUUCCAUGAAAGAUUUCUUUUGUAUUCACUCUACCAUGAAAUAUUUCUUUUGUAUUCACUCUACCAUGAAAAAUUUCUUGUGUAUUCACUCUACCAUGAAAUAGUUCAUGUGUAUAUUCACUUUUCCAUGAAAGAUUGCUGUUGUAUUCACUCUACCAUGAAAGAUUUCUAGUGUAUUCACUCUACCAUGAAAGAUUUCUUGAUUAUUCACUCAACCAUGAAAGAUUUCUUGUGUAUUCACUUUACCAUGUAGAAUUUUCAUUCUACAUCGAAGGACAUCCUCUUCUAGAAUAUACAAUAAACUCACUUUGCCAUAAUAGACAUGCUAUGUAUUAUGGGUUUGUACUAAUCCUGCAAUACAUUCUACGUUAAGAGUUGAUUUAUAACUUAACUGCAAUAUCAACACUAUGCAAAUUCAAAUUCUCACUAUACAAAUGUAUCUCAACUUGUUUAAAUGUUUUCACUACAUAUAUAUACCUGAUCAUCAGUAAAAGACGUUUUGAUUGA